UGCGGCGGCCCCGUCCCUGUCCCAGCACCCGACGGGCCCUGCUUCUGCCCGGCCCCGGCCUGCGGCGCGCUGCAGCCGCCUGAGCCGCGCGCCGACUUCUUCCGCCUCAUGGGCUGCGCCCGCGCGUUCGGCCUGGACGUGUCGCGGCUGCGCCGGCGGUUCCGGAGCCUGCAGCGCGCGCUGCACCCCGACUACUUCAGCCGCCGCCCGCAGGCGGAGCGGGACCUGUCGCAGCAGCACUCGGCGCUGGUGAACGCGGCCUACCAGACCCUGCUGCGGCCCCUCAGCCGCGGCCUCUACCUGCUGGAGCUGCAUGGUGUGAAGCUGGCGGAGGGGACGGACGAUGACACAGACAUGGAGUUCCUCGCGGAAAUCAUGGACAUCAACGAGAAGCUGGCAGAUCCUGAAGAUGAGGCUAGCUUACAAGAGCUGGAAAGCUUAAUUGCAGCUAAGCAAGAAAAACUGAUCACAGAUGUGAACCAGGCUUUUGAAAGAGAUGAUCUUCAAGAAGCCAAGAAGCUGCUAGCCAAAAUGAAAUAUUUUGCAAACUUGGAGGACAAGGUCAAGAGCAAGAAGAUCCCAUCUUGAUAUCACAUUCCUAAGGACUGAGAGAUGAUACAGCUCUUAAUUUAAAAAGUGACUUUCUGAUUCAGUAAUUAAAAACAGCAAAAUAGCGUACCUCUUGAUUUCUGCCAUCCCGUAAGUCUCCAGGCAGAAGGCCUGCAUGAAAGAUCCAGUACCUGCCCUAGUAUCUGUUAGAAACGGGCAGGAGGCAGAAAACUAGUCCAGACUCAACGGUAGCACAUAAGCUGUGGUAGAUGUUUACAGGUGACGAAAUGAAAAGUCAGCGGAGAACAUAAAUGAUGAGUGUAAGGAAUUAAGAAGUUGAGUCUAAUAAAAUAUGAAGGUAUGCUAAUGGUUAA